UUUUGGAUAGAAGAAGUUCAUUCAUCCUCCAUCUGGAGAAAUGAAGCUCCGCAGUCUCACUCCCACCAACUUUCCGACAAUAUUCUUCCUCCUAACAAUCCUUCUCUUUAUCCCAAGCGGCGAGUCAACUCAGCCUCCGUUCGGCUGCGACUCGUCGAACCCGUCGACCAAAUCGUUCCCCUUCUGCAAAAGAGGCAACAGAGUGAAGGACCUGGUGUCUCGGCUGACAUUGGAGGAAAAGAUCUCGCAGCUCGUUAACACUGCCCCUGCGAUUCCCCGCCUCGGCAUUCCCGCUUACGAGUGGUGGUCCGAAGCCUUGCACGGCGUCGCCGACGCCGGCUACGGAGUCCACUUCGUAAACGGACCCAUUUCAUCCGCUACCAGCUUCCCUCAGGUCAUCCUCACCGCCGCCUCCUUCGACGUCCGCCUCUGGUAUCGCAUUGGCCAGGUGAUUGGAACUGAAGCAAGAGCAGUGUACAAUGCUGGAGAGACGAAGGGAAUGACAUUUUGGGCUCCAAAUAUUAACAUAUUUAGGGAUCCGAGAUGGGGGAGAGGACAGGAGACGCCAGGGGAGGAUCCCGUGGUGACCGGGAAGUACGCGGUGGCCUAUGUAAGAGGUGUUCAAGGGCACUCCUUUGAGGGAUCAGGUGGUGGUCAUCUUUUGGCUUCCGCUUGUUGCAAGCAUUUUACUGCUUAUGAUUUGGACAAUUGGAAGGGCAUUAAUAGGUUCAAGUUUGAUGCUCAUGUGACGCAACAAGACCUAGCAGACACGUACCAGCCACCGUUCCAGAGUUGCAUACAACAAGGGAAAGCCAGCGGCAUAAUGUGUGCUUACAAUCGAGUCAAUGGGGUCCCCAAUUGCGCUGAUUUCAACCUCUUAUCCAAAACUGCCAGAGGAAAGUGGGGCUUCCAUGGGUAUAUCACCUCGGAUUGCGACGCCGUUUCCAUUAUCUACGACGCCCAAGGAUUUGCCAAGUCACCCGAAGAUGCUGUCGCCGACGUUCUAAAAGCCGGAAUGGACGUCAAUUGUGGGUCCUACUUGCAAAACUACACCAAAAAAGCAGUGCAGGAGAGGAAACUACCCGUCGCCCAAAUAGACCGAGCCCUCCACAACCUCUUCGCCGUCAGGAUGAGAUUGGGCCUUCUCGACGGCAACCCAACUAAGAACCGAUUCGGCAAUAUAGGCCCAAACCAAGUCUGCUCACUAGAGCACCAAGCUCUCGCCCUUGAAGCAGCUCGAAACGGCAUCGUCUUGCUGAAAAACUCCGCCAAACUCCUCCCACUCCCAAAGUCCAAGUCCAUUUCACUCGCCGUCAUAGGCCCAAAUGCCAACUCCCCCAAGACGCUCCAAGGGAACUACUUCGGCCCACCGUGCAAGCGCGUUACGCCGUUACAGGCUCUCAACGGCUACGUCAAGAACGCCGUUUACCACCUGGGGUGCAAUGCGGUGAAUUGCACGUCGGCUGAGAUUGACAAGGCGGUGAAGAUAGCGAAGGGUGUGGAUUACGUGGUGAUGGUGAUGGGAUUGGAUCUGUCGCAGGAGAGAGAGGAUCACGAUCGAGACCACCUGGCGCUCCCUGGUAAGCAGCAGCAGCUGAUUACAGCCGUUGCCAGAGCUGCAAAGAGACCGGCUGUUCUGGUGUUGCUCUCUGGGGGUCCGGUUGAUGUGUCGUUUGCAAAGUAUGAUCGCCACGUGGGGAGCAUCUUGUGGGCUGGGUACCCGGGGGAAGCUGGAGGACUUGCUCUUGCUGAAAUUAUCUUCGGUGAUCAUAACCCAGGGGGGAGAUUGCCAGUGACUUGGUAUCCACGAGAUUUCAUAAAAGUACCAAUGACAGACAUGAGGAUGAGGCCUGAACCAUCAUCAGGCUAUCCCGGGCGUACUUAUCGGUUCUACAAAGGACCCAAGGUUUUUGAAUUCGGUUAUGGUCUCAGUUACUCCACUUAUUCUUACAAAUUAUUUUCCGACACUCGAAACAAGCUGUAUUUGAACCUAUCAUCAACUGGUCACACGGCUAAGUCUUCAGACUCUGCGCGCUACCACUUGGUUUCGGAGUUUCGUAAAGAAUUCUGUCAAAGCAAGUCGUUUUCGGUUUCCGUCCAUGUUAAGAAUGAAGGUGAGAUGGCUGGUAAGCACUCCGUCUUGCUUUUCAUCCGGAGGAAGGAGUUCAAAAAUGGAAGUCCGAUAAAGCAGUUGGUUGAGUUUCAGAGUGUGGACAUGAAUGCUGGUGAAGUAACCAAAGUUGAGUUCACAUUGAGCCCUUGUGAGCACUUCAGUGGCGCCAACGAGGAUGGCUUGAUGGUUUUAGAAGAAGGGUCUCAUGUCUUGUUUGUGGGAGAUGAGGAGUACCCUAUUGAUGUUGUAUUUUGAUUGCAGGUUUGACUCAUUAAUUACGGUCAACUUGCUAUGAGAAAUUGUGAGCUUAAAGAAGCCUACUUUUUUGCUUUCAUUAUCCUUGGUGUAAUCUCAACUCUCAAGUACCCAAGUUUGAAUAAUUGGGUAGACUUGAAGGUUGGAAAUCAAAAGUAAAAUAAUAGUUGCGUAAACAUGAGCAAUUUGAACGUUUUCUCUAUAAACAUGAGCUAAACUAAGAUGAUGCAUGU